CGUUACUUACAACUUUAAUUAUUUUCGACACCGGUAAAAUGGCAGCCUACGAAGAAUUUCUCACCGGUUGUUUUCCGUCAAUUGAUUCAGAACUCGUUAGCUAUGUUGGAGGUAUGCUGGAAGACAAUGAUGUGGUGUCAUCUUCAAAUGUAAUGUAUGAGGCAAUAGGGCCCUUUCUAGAGCAAAUAGACGACUCAAAGACAGAGGAUGACAUCAAACAUAUCUGCGAUCGACUGUAUGCUCUCAUUAGCAAAAGUGUGGACACGAGCGUGCAGUCUAACGGACCUAACAAGAUCCUGGGUGCCCCAGUGCACCUCAGCUCUCUGUUACAGGAGACCAACGCGCCUGGAACUGACACCAGCAGUAUAUGGAUCAGCAAACGGGACAGUAACGCACAAGUGGACUCCAAGCAGUUGGCCAAGGCUGAGGCACAACUCCUCAAGAAACAGAAGAAACAGGCUGACAAAGACUCCUCUGCCAAGAAACCUCAGAAUGGGGUGAUGGAAGGCCCAACAGCCAGUCAACAGAUCAACAGACGCGACCAGAAACUAGAAAGCUCCGGCACUAAUAAGUCCUAUGAUAUUAAGAUAGAAAACUUUGACAUCGCCUUUGGAGAUCGUGUGCUUAUCCUGGGUUCCUCUAUACACCUGUCUGCUGGGCGAAGGUAUGGGCUGUGUGGGCGCAACGGGCUUGGCAAAACCACCCUACUGAAAACCAUAUCCAGUGGUAACCUCCAGAUCCCGUCACACAUCACCAUCCUCCAUGUGGAGCAGGAGGUGGUGGGGGACGACACUCUGUCCAUAGACAGUGUCCUGGAGAGUGACACGGAGCGACACAGGCUGCUCAACAGGGAGAAGGAGCUGGCCAAACUCAUCAACCUGAGCCCAACAGGGAACAAGGGGGACAACUCCGUAUCGACAGAGUUAUCUGAGAUCUAUGAGGCCCUGGAGGCGAUCGAGGCAGACAAGGCGCCUGCGCGUGCAGCAGUGAUCCUGGCUGGUCUGGGGUUCACACCUGCCAUGCAGAAGGCUUGCACUCGGUCAUUAUCUGGAGGCUGGAGAAUGAGGUUGGCUUUGGCCAGGGCACUUUUCUCAAAACCAGAUCUGUUGCUUCUAGAUGAGCCUACAAACAUGUUAGACAUGAAAGCCAUCAUAUGGCUGGAAAACUAUCUACAAACCUGGGCCACAACCAUUCUAGUCGUAUCUCACGAUAGAUCAUUUCUCAAUGCCGUGUGCACAGACAUUGUACAUUUACACAGUCGCAAUCUGAUAACUUACAAAGGCAAUUAUGACCAGUUUGACAAAACAAAGGACGAGCGAUUGAAAAACCAGAAGAAGGAAUAUGAGGCUCAGAAACAGUAUAGGGAACAUAUACAGGUGUUCAUUGAUAGGUUCCGGUACAACGCCAACAGAGCCUCACAAGUACAGAGUAAACUCAAACUGUUGGAAAAAUUGCCACCUCUUGAACUACCUGGAAAAGACGUUGAAGUUUCCAUGAAAUUUCCAGAGUGUGACAAACUAACUGGCAAUAUACUCCAGUUGGACGAGAUGUGCUUCCAUUAUACCAAGGAGAGACCCAUCUUUAUCAGUGUUGACUGUAACGCGAACAUGAAGUCCAGAAUUUGUAUUGUUGGUGACAACGGCGCAGGAAAGACAACUCUACUGAAGAUCCUGAUGGGAGAGUUAUCUCCUGUGAAGGGAAUACGUCAUGCGCACCGCAGCCUGCGCAUCGGCUACUUCAGUCAGCACCACGUGGACCAGCUGGAGAUGGACCUGACCUCCGUGGAGUUGCUGGCACAGAGGUUUCCUGGUAAGCCCCAGGAGCAGUACAGGAACAUGCUGGGUCAGUACGGUGUGACAGGCGAGCUGGCCAUGCGCCCAGUGACCAGUCUGUCUGGAGGACAGAAGAGCAGAGUGGCGUUUGCAGUGAUGAGCAUGAGCAACCCCAACUUUUUCAUCCUUGACGAGCCUACCAACCAUCUGGACAUGGAGACGAUAGAGGCAUUGGGAGAGGCACUUAACAAGUUUGAGGGAGGAGUGAUUCUGGUCUCGCACGACGAGCGUCUCAUCACCAUGGUCUGCCAGGAACUGUGGGUGGUAAAGAACAACAAGGUGAUCUCCCUUGAGGGAGGCUUCGACCAUUACAAGAAGAUUGUGGAGGAAGAGCUGAAGGAGCAGGGCUGCUGAUUGUUGACCACUAAGAUCUUGGGUUGUAAUUGGAUGGAAACAUGCAGUAAAUGGCUCCAAUAGUGUGUCACUCCAACUGUGUCACUAAGGCUCCUGGAGCACAAUUCACAAAGAUUCUUAGGAAAGUCUUAAAUUUACUUUAAAUAUAUUGUUUAAAAAAAGGCAAUAAUUAAGGCUCCUAUCGUUAUGAUAUGAUAGUGUCAUGACUCUCCUGGGUCAUAGUUUGUAAAGCUCUUUAAUCAAUCAUCAAUCUAAAAAUUGCAGGUUAUCAGAUUUUCUCUGCUUUGGUGAUUUAAUGCUCCAUAAAGGGGGGGGGAGCAAAUACUGGUAUUUGCCGCUUAGGUCUUAUAUCAUAAAUAUGUCACUUUUUGUUUCUGCACAACAUCUUAUACACUGAUGAUCCCAAGGUAUUUUGGAGCUUUAUUUUGAAAACAAGGUUGAAUUGGUAUAGAAGAAUAGAAGUUACCAAGCAUGAUGAUUUUAUUUCACUGCUGUAUAUUAUUGUACAUUUGAGUCAUGUUCUGAGAAAACUGGGCUUAAUGCAUGUGUGUAAAGUGUAGUCCCAGAUUAGCCUGUGACGUCCCCACAGGCUUAUCAGGGACAACACUUCCCGCUUUUAUGGUAUUUUUAGGUUCAAGGAAAUCCCUCCAUACCGAAAAUCAAGUUUAGGCGGAAAGUGUCGUCCCUGAUUAGACUGUGCGGACUGCACAGGCUAAUCUGGGAUGACACUUUAUGCAGGUGCAUUAAGCCCAGUUUUCUCAGAACGCGACUCAUUUAAUUGUAAUAUUUGUCUUAUGCCAUCUGCAUUUGGGCUGUCUAGUCAGGAACUUCCCUUUCCACUAAUGACACCACAAAACCUUCGGUGACUAUAGUGGACAGAGUAGCUCCUUACCUGACUAUAUAUGGCUUUAGACCCAUUUUCGCAUAGUCAGGGUAUUUUUAAUGUUGUAAAGCAGAAUGAUGUUGGGUUGAUUUGUAUGAGUGAAACAAUACAAAAAGCCCAAGUGUAAAAUUUAUAUGCACUUCAAAACAAAAGCGUUUUUUUAUGUAUUGAUAAACAACAAUAACCCAAAUACAUUAUUCAAAGCAACAUACAAUGCCAAUGUUGACAAUAUUGUACUGUUAAGUAACCACUAUUCUGAUUUGUUGAUGUGUUUGCAAGUCAGAACAAUUGUUUGCAUAAUAGGAAAUUUGGUUGCUAACAAACAAUGUGUUCAAACCGUCAUGUAGACAUAUUAUUCCUCAUAAUGGGUCAGUUUCAUAAAACUUGUACGAAGCGUUUUCUUACAUAAGAAUUUUUACAAAAAUCUUAAAUUGUAUAUGAAACAGGCCAAUGUAUAUAGUUUUCUUAUUCAUAUUAUUAUGAUUAAUUUCAUACUCCACACUGCCGCUUUAAUAAAGCAAGUUUUAAUGCAAAAGCAUCUGUUUGUAUCUAAUUCUUGGCAGUACAUAAAUUGGAAAUGUAGAAAUAAUGCAUUUAUAAGAGACAUGAUCAUAUAGAUAUCUUCUAUGUGUUCAGAGUACCUUAUAUAGAAGUCAGUGACAUUGGAAAUAUACUUUUUGGUUUAUACUGUGGAUUGACGUGCUGUUUUGAUUCUUCCACCAAUAUACAGACACAUUUGUUCAAAUUCCAGUUUUCAAAUAUUUUGUGCUUAGAUACUAUGGUUAUAAACUAAAUAUUUGGUCAGUGUAGUAUUAAAAUUAAUGAAUAUGGUAUAUAUUGUUCUUUUGAUCAUAUUCAUAGUUACUGGAAUAGUAGCACCUUUUUAUGCCCCCGGAUCGAAAGAUCGGGGGCAUAUUGUUUUUGGCCUGUCUGUCUGUCCCUCUGUCAUUCAUUCAUUGUAUGUGUGUGUCCGAAAACUUUAACCUUUGUUAAAGUUUUGCAUUAACUUUUGCAUUAUUGAAAAUAGCAACUUGAUAUUUGGCAUGCAUGUGUAUCUCAUGGAGCUGCACAUUGUGAAUGGUGAAAGGUCAAGGUCAUCCUUCAAGGUCAAAGGUCAAAUAUAUGGCUUCAUAGCGGCGCAAUAGGGGGCAUUGUGUUUCUGACAAACACAUCUCUUGUUUGUAGGAGUUUUGAUAAAAGAUUUCCAACAUUAUACUAAAAUAUAUGAUUUACAACUUUCUGUUUGUAACAGUUGAAACAUAUGAUUCUUGGACGCCAUCUUACAUACCAAAUGUGUAUAUGUAAACAUUGUAAUUUAAAAAGGUCACGUCAUGCGCAAAUGGAGUUAUUGUUACAUGUGUUGUUACAUUUUACGACCAGCGUAGCUCCAGACUAGCCUACGUGUUUGCAUUAAAGGGACAUCUCAGCCUUGCUUGACUUCAUGGCCGACAGGGAAGCUCCUGACCACAUUGGGAAGGCAGGGUUACAUCUUCAUGGGCCGCAUAUAGAAUAAGCCCCAUUUUCGCAUGACCCAGAUUAAAUGUCGACAUUUGUAUUUUUCACCAAUAUAUGGCUCUAGGUAUGUCCUAUGUAUUGGAUUAGUGGAUAUACCAGUCAUAUACUAUUGUUCAUGAUUGUUUUAGUGUUUUCUUUCGUCCUGAAAAUGACUGUGAUCAUGAAAAAUUAAAAUAUGGACAUUUCAUAA